CAACCUACACCUACUCCACCACAACCACGUCCUAUGCCAGCUCAACACAAUAAUGGUCCACAACCUCCUCAGCCUCAACCACAAUUACCUGGAAUUCCUUUUGCGAAUCCUCCCGGAUUCCUAACAAAUCCCAUCCCAGGAUUCCCCCCAGUGACAUUUUUUCCACCUCCAGGAAUGCACGGACAGUGGCAUGGUCCACCUAAUCAUCUUGCUAAUGUUAAUGAACGUAAUAUCGAUGGGCAGGCAAAUACGACGACAAGUCAAAAUACACAACAAUCUGCACAGCAAAGUACUUCUCAAAAUUCACAAAGCAGCACGCAACUUAACACACCUAAUGUCAUAAAUCCAGGAGAUCGAUCACUAAAUGAGGAAGAAUCUGCUCCAACAUCUGGUGCUCAAACAACUAAUCCGGAGCGAAGGCAGUCUCCAUCUGUGAUGCCUAGGUGGCCAUGGGAUCCAAACGUUGCAACAGCGUUUAGGCAAUUAAAUUCUGCUCAACCAUCAUCGAUAAACUACCAACCUUAUGUAUCACAAUUUCCUCUACAUGCUCCACCUGGUUUAAUACCUCUUUUCCCUCUUUUACCUUUGAGAGAUAAUGGUACCACAAAUGCAGAAACUAAUAUAUUAAAUCACUUGUCAGAAGAUCAAAUACGCCUCCUAGAAACAACAACACGAGAGGCACUUGUUGAAAGGUUACGAAUAUUACAGGAAACUCAAGGGCAUCUAUACAAUGCUAUUAAUAUGCUAACACAAGUUAUAAGUGUACUACCUGAAGUUCCGGUGGCGGAAAUACGUACGACGGAUGGAAACUCGUCUUCUACGACGAAUGCAGAUGCCCAAUCUUCUGAAAAUACGAACGCUACGCAUUCGACUAUUGAUUCUUUAGGAAAUACAAAUGCAAAUGAUAUUAAAAAUAAAAAAGGCAAGGGAAAAA